AUGGAAUUUUCGACGACUGGAAGGACACCCGCUCCAAGCAAGCGCAACAGGAAGCACAACACACGCUCCAAAGAGACACAAGACGGCAUGGAUGAGUUUGUGGGCGGGCUGGCGUCUGGCUGCGUCGAAGUGAGCGUCAUGCAGCCGACAGUGUACUUCAAGAAUGCGUCACAACAAGGCCUGCCCGUGACCCUGCGGCCUCUGCUCCUCUACCGUGGCAUUGGCACCAACCUCAUCAACAUGAGCGUCCUCACAGGCCUUCAGUUCCCGCUGACAGCCAUGACGAAGAAGCUCAUUACAGGCGGGGAGAGGCCCCUGACAGCCGUGGAGCAAGUGACGAGCGGGUUCGUGGGUGGCCUCAUCUCCGGGGUCGUGUGCUCGCCGCUUGAGCUGUCCAUCAUCACGCAGCAGCGGCGUGGCGGCACCGUGCUGGCCGUGCUCAAGCAACUGCGGCAGGCACAUGGUGCUCGCAUCUUCUACCGUGGUCUCUCCACAGCGUGUGUGCGUGAGGGCAUCUUCACUGCCGGGUAUCUUGGCUUGGGCCCGCUUGCCGUGGACCACCUGCGCCAGCACUACCAGUUUGGGCGCGUGCAGAGCGAGGUUGGCGGUGCCAUAUUUGCCGGCUGCAUCGCCGCUGGACUCUCCCACCCAGUCGAUACCAUCAAGACAUGCAUGCAGGGCGAUCCAGGGCGCACGACGUUCAGCACCAUCACGGCAACAGCGCGGCGCCUGUACUGCGAGGGCGGCCUUGGCGCGUUCUUCAGGGGAGCAGAGUGGCGCAUCGGCAGAACCAUUGGCAGCGUGUUCAUCUUCGGAAAGUGCAGGGAGGCGCUCAUGUAUUAUGGUAUCCUGGACGCCUGAUGCGACGCGCCAGAGGUGUGCUGGUGUUUCUCUUCUAUUUUGCAGUUACAAUGACGCUUGUGCUUGUAGUUUGCAGUGUUAUUUGCACACACACACACACACACACACACACACACACACACACACACACACACACACACACACAAACGCGCAAACACACACACACACACACACAAAC